UCUUUUUUCUCUCGUGAGCGGCGGCCUCCAAGGCAAUUUGGUGGCGAUUCUGAGGCCAUCUCGAUUUUUCAUGCAUUCCCAGCAAUCUCUGCCGAUUAGAACGUCGAUCCAAGGUAGAUUACAGCUUGGAGAAGACUCGGUCGUGUAGGUAAUCAAGGUGCGGUCAAAUUGUGAGAAGAACAGGUUGAUCAAUUUCCCAUGUAAUCUAAUCGGAAAACAAUUCUAGAGAGCAAGACAGGGUCCGAGAUCAAGGUUUGGAUGCGAGAACGAGGAAAGAAAGUGUUUGGAAAAAAGAUUCUCCUGUUUAGUAUUCAUGGAUAAAUUUCAUGUAACGUGAAAAAUAUAAUGAAUGUAAUUUAAUUCAAAAUAUUUUGAUAAUUAUUAAUACAAUUGAAUAAAAAUUUAGAUAUGUUUGGGAGGAAACGGAUGGGUUGUGGUGUUUUUUAGUGGCAGAAGAGAGGGGGGGAUGGAUCAGAGUGGUUCUGGCUGGAUUUGUGCCGGAGGAGACGGGUGGUUGUGGUGGUUUUUAGUGGCGAAAAAGGAGGUGGGGGUGGGUCAUGGUGGUUUCUAGCUGUGAGAGAGAGAGAGAGAGAGAGAGUGGGUGGGUUAUAGUGAUUCUGAUAAUGAAUGAGAGGGUGGUUCAUGAUGGUUUUGGCCAAAUAUGCGUUAGAGAUGGAUAGUCGUGACGGACAAUGAGAGGGAGAGGUGGGUAGCAAUGGUUUCCAAGGAGAUCAGAGAAGUCAAGUGGUUCAUGAUGGUUUUAGCCAGAUCUGUAACAGAAAAGAUAAAUGAUCACGGUGGUUCUCGAUAGCGGAAGAGAGGGUGUGGGUCUCGAUGGAUCUGGUGGCAUAAGAGAGGGGUGGUUUGCAGUGGUUUUGCCCAUAUCUGUGACAGAGGAGAUGGGUGGUCAUGGUGGUUUUCGAUGUUCUCCAGCAGUAGAGGAAUGGGGUGGGUGGUUGUCGGUGUUCUCUGGUGAUGACUGUGAACUUGAUCGCUAGAGAUGGAGGUGGAUGGCAGAACACGAUGGUAGUCCGUUGAUGGAGAGGUGUAGAAUAGGACUUGUAUAUGUGACAAUGUGCAAUUUCAAAAAGAAGCUGAGAGUAAAAAUAUAAUCUACAUAAUAUCCAUUUGAGGGCCAUUUGGAUGAAAUCCAGAGUACACUUCUCAUUUCAAUAGCUCCAAUUCCAUCCAGCCAAAUGUUACCUAAAUUCAUAGAAGAAUCUUCUUAUUUUGAUUUUUAAAGCUUAAUGAAUGAAUAUGGUUGGAGCUUGGAAGCCGAAUUUUAAUUUAUUCAAAAUACUCAAUACUGUCUUCACUCUUCCCCCCAAUUAUCAUUGACAGUUGUGAAUGAAUGAAGAAAGCUGUUGCUUAUGCAGCAACAAAGGCAGGCGGCCUGCUUCAUCCAGGAGGAAACCUCCAAAGCUCGGGAUUGGUAAUGGCUAAAGAAAGAGACAGAAAACCAACCAAAGAAUGGGAUUCCAUCUGGAGUGGAAGAACCGGCAUCUUGUUAUUGUUUAUGCGCCACGUACGGCACAAUCGCCCUCCAAGGGACGCCCAAACCUCGACAUUUUUAAUGAUUAAAGAAUUACAAGACCAAACAAAGGGCCAGCCGUCUUCAAGGGACGGCUGUGGCACUAAACUAUGCGGAGCAGACGGACGUCUUCAUUUGCUUCUUGAAAUAUCAGUGGCUUUGGCCUCCAGUUAACUAGAAUUAAGAGACUGUACCUAGGAUUUUGUGAUGAGUGGUGAGAAUAAACUCUUGAACUUCAGCUGCUGCCACAAGAGCAAUUCAACUGUUCGAAGAAAUGCCAAGGACAGCAAAGGCAAAGAUAAAAUGGAGCGAACUGUACUCCUUUUCAUGCUUCCGGCCAAAUCCUGCUGCUGGUGGUCCUGCACCAGUUGAGCAGCGCCUUGGCCAGCCUGGGUUUUCUCGGGUGGUAUUCUGUAAUGAACCCCAAAAACACAGGAUCAAGCCAUUCAAGUACUCAGAUAAUUAUGUAUCAACUACGAAGUACAAUCUCCUGACUUUUCUACCGAAAGCACUUUUCGAGCAGUUCCGCAGAGUUGCAAAUCUUUACUUUCUUCUGGCUGCGGUGCUGUCCAUCGCUUCCCUUGCUCCUGUUUCCAAGAUAAGUUUGGUUGCUCCAUUGGUAAUCGUCGUGGGGAUCAGCAUGAUCAGGGAGGCUGUGGAGGAUUGGCAUAGAUUUUUGCAGGAUCUGGAUGUUAACUCUAGGACAAUGAAGGUUCACGUAGGAAAUGGUUUAUUUGUAGAGAAAGCAUGGAAGUCUCUUUCCGUGGGAGAUGUUGUCAAGGUUAGCAAGAAUGAAUAUUUUGCAAGUGACCUUGUACUCUUAUCUUCUAGCUUUGAGGAUGGCCUUUGUUAUGUAGAAACCAUGAACCUUGAUGGAGAAACCAAUUUGAAAGUCAAAAGAUGCCUAGAAGCCACACUGAAUCUGAACGAGGAUGCCAAGUUCUCUGACUUCAGAGCCACCAUAAAUUGUGAGGAUCCAAAUCCAAACCUUUACACCUUUGUUGGGAGUUUAACAUUCAAGAGCCAGUCAUACCCUCUAUGCUCAUCCCAAGUGCUUCUAAGAGACUCAAAACUUCAAAACACUAAUUAUGCCUAUGGUGUGGUAAUCUUUACCGGUCCAGAUACCAAAGUGAUAAGAAAUUCCACUGCGUCACCAUCUAAACGUAGCCGGAUAGAGAGAAGAAUGGAUCGCAUAAUUUAUAUUCUAUUCUCUAUGCUGCUGGUGAUUUCAUUAAUCAGCUCCAUUGGAUCCGCAGUAGUUACAGGCUCCGAAAAGUUAAAGUGGUGGUAUGUUCAAUUACAAGAAGACAAUUCGUUCUUCAAUCCUUCAGACCUUGUUUUCUCAGGUUUCUUGCAAUUUAUUAGGGCCCUCAUAUUGUAUGGAUACCUAAUCCCCAUUUCUUUAUACGUAUCCAUUGAACUCGUCAAAGUUCUACAAGCUCUACUUAUUAACAGGGAUGUAGAGCUGCACAAUGAAAAAACAUACAAAACAGUUAAAGCCAGGACGUCAAAUUUAAAUGAGGAACUUGGUCAGGUGGAAAUGAUUUUGUCUGACAAAACAGGAACCUUGACUUGUAAUCAAAUGGAGUUCAGAAAAUGCUCAAUUGCAGGGAUAUCAUACGGGGGUGAUGUCAAUGAAGUUGAUCUUGCAGCUUCUAAACAAAUGAACAUUGACAUUGAGAGAUAUAGAUUUGGCUUAGAUGGAUCAGAUCCCACCAGCCAAAGCUUUGAAAUGUUAGAAUUCUCCUUAGCUGAUGCUAGCACAGAAAAGGCCAUUCGUGAUGCUGAACAAGGUGUGGAUAAUUUUGGUAAAGAAAAAUCCAGAAUUUCCACUUCAGGGGAAGGAAUUGUUAUUAAGGGUUUCAACUUCAGAGAUGAUAGGCUCAUGGACAAAUUGUGGAUUGGUAGCUCCAAUGUCACAGACAUGAUAAUGUUCUUCAGAGUUAUGACUUUAUGUCACACGGGCAUUCCUGCUGAAGAAAAUGAAGCUGGUAAAUUCAAGUAUGAGGCAGAGUCUCCCGAGGAAGUUGCCUUUUUGGUUGCUGCACAAGAGUUUGGGUUCCAAUUUUGUGGAAGAACCCAAUCUAUAAUGGUUGUGAAAGAGCUAGAUCCUUCUUCUGCAAUAGAGGUGGAGAGAGAAUAUAAACUUCUACAUCUACUGGAGUUCUGUAGCUCUAGGAAAAGGAUGUCUGUGAUAGUAAGCAAUGAAGAUGGUCGGAUCUUUCUCCUCUGCAAAGGUGCUGACAACAUUAUUUUUGAUAGGCUUGCAGAGAAUGGCAGAACACACCAACAAGCAACGAGUUUACAUCUUUCUAGUUAUGCAGAAGAUGGGCUGCGCACUAUGGCAUUUGCAUAUCGAAUAAUUGACACAGCUGAGUAUGAAAAAUGGAACAAAAUAUUUACUGAAGCUAAGGCCACUAUGGGUCCUCAAAGAGAAGAACUAAUAGAGAAUGCCUCUGAAAUGAUUGAAAAAGAUUUGAUUUUAGCAGGAGCUGUAGCAGUUGAAGACAAGCUACAAAAGGGGGUUCCUGAAUGCAUAGAUAAACUUUCGCAAGCGGGCCUAAAGAUAUGGUUGCUCACUGGUGACAAGAAGGAGACUGCAAUUAAUGUUGGAUUUGCUUGCAGUUUGCUUCGGCAUGAUAUGAGACAAAUUCACCUGAGCACGAGGAAAGAAGCUGAAUCACGCAAUUCAGUGGAGGCUCUGGAAAAUGAUAUUCUUGAUCAAAUUGAAAAAUGUUAUCGAGAAACUCGUGAUAAAAGCAACAAGGAUGCCCCGUUGGCUUUGGUGAUAGAUGGGAAAGCACUUGAAAUUGCUUUGAGAACUGAUGUGAAGGAUGAGUUCUUGCGGCUGGCGGUUAGUUGCUCUUCUGUAAUAUGUUGCCGUGUGUCUCCAAAGCAGAAAGCAUUGAUUACUCGAUUGGUAAAGGAAUUCACUGGGAAGACAACCUUGGCAAUUGGUGAUGGUGCAAAUGACAUUGGCAUGAUUCAGGAAGCUGAUAUUGGAGUUGGAAUCAGCGGGAUGGAAGGAAUGCAGGCAGUCAUGGCAAGUGACUUUUCAUUGCCUGAAUUUUGCUUCUUGGAGCGGCUACUUAUAGUUCAUGGGCAUUGGUGUUACAAGAGAAUUUCCAAGAUGAUCCUAUACUUCAUGUACAAGAACAUAGUUUUUGGCUUAACUCUGUUCUAUUACGAAGUGUACACAGCUUUCUCAGGGGAUGUUCUAUAUGACGAUUGGUUCAUGGUAAUGUUCAAUGUCGUCUUGACUUCCUUGCCUGUUAUUGCACUGGGUGUCCUUGAGCAGGAUGUUCCAGCAGAUGUCUGCCUCCAGUUUCCAGCACUUUAUCGGCAGGGACAAAAGAACAUAUAUUUCAGCUGGGAGAGGAUAUUGGGAUGGAUACUGAACGGUGCGGUGUCUUCUCUAGCCAUCUUCACCAUAAACAUCUAUGCACUUUCCCCAGCAGCCUUCGAAGAUCUAGGGCAAGUAGCCGAUCUUUCACAUAUGGGCGCCAUUGCAUAUACAUGCGUAAUCUGGACUGUCAACUGCCAGAUUGCACUCAUCCUCAGCCACUUCACUUGGAUCCAGCAUUUGUUGAUCUGGGGAAGCAUCUUAUGCUGGUACAUAUUCUUGUUCUUUUAUGGAGCACUCCCUCCCGGGUACUCAGGCACCGCAUUUCAUAUCCUCAUGGAAGCUAUAGGGCCAGCUCCAAUGUAUUGGGCUGUCACAUUGCUUGUGGUAGUUACUUCUCUUCUGCCAUACUUCAUUCACAUCGUCAUCCAGCGGUCGUUCUAUCCAUUGGAUGAUCACUUGAUCCAAGAAAUGAAAUACUGCAGGAAAGACAUAACAGAAAACGAAAUGUGGUUGAGGGAACAGAACAACUCCAAGAAGGCAACUCAUGUUGGGUUUUCUGCUAGAGUUGAUGCUAAGAUUCGCCAUUUGAGAGAACAGCUACAACACAAGAAGAGAUGAUCAGUAACAGAUUAACUAGCGAAGGGGGCUCACUAAUUGUAUUUUGUUUUUUCUUAUGCUUUCCAUUCCUCCUGGUAGAAUCAUGCAGUCCAAUGCUUCUGUAUCUGCCCUUUGCUUCAUUCAGUACACCAAAUUUAUAAUCCCCCUCGAUCCCAUUGGAUUUGGAUAAUUUUUAUUGAUAGUCUAGGUGAUUUAUUUUUAGUAUUUGGAGAUUUUUUAAUAAUUUUUUUUAUUAGGUAUUAAAGUGAAGGGUGUAUUUGUCACAUUUUUACUUUAUGGUGCCAUUUUCUUUUAUUUUUUAUUUAAAUAAAGUGAAGUUACAUUA